CAUGUCAAAAAUUCAUGUCAUUUACAGUCACAUCAUUUUACUCAGUGAAAUGGUAAAACGAGUUGAAUUUGUGAAAUUAUAAGGACGAGGUGUUUUCGGGCAUGUGUGCCAUAUAUGAACGGACGAUUGUGGUAAUGAAAAUAAUCUGGAUAAUGAAUUAGUGGACAAUAAAACGCGAGUGUACAAUGGUGGUCGAAACCUGAAAGGAAAAUCGACUAUUUUCGCAUUUUCCCUCUGAAUUUUCGUUGAGUGCGGUCUGUACAAUACAUCUUGUUUUGUUUUACAUUCCGGAGAUAAUGUGACCGUAUUAUAUCUGGUGUGUUUUGUGGUUAACGUGUUGUCUAUUUCGGACAGCGAUUUGAAUCUAAAUAUAUCGGGGGUGAUUACAGAUUCCGUGUUAAUGAAUUACUUGCAUGUGAAGACGGCUAAAUUGCAUGCAUGGCGCCCGUCAUAACGAAGACUCUCCACCCGUGCCCCCCCUCCGCCCCUCUGUCCGCCAUCUUGCAAUAACUAAUAAAAAAAAAUGCACUCCGUCAACAGCCGUCCACACGCACACAUUACAAAACCGAACGUCAUAAAAAAACUAAAAAUUAAAAAGAAAAACGAGCUUACCAACAUUGAGACGUGUUCCAAUAUAUAGUUACCAACUUCAGCGCGCGAUAUCUUUGAAAAAAGUUUGUGGCUAAUGAGGCUUUAACAUUUUAGGGUGUUCAUGAGAAUUAUCUUGUUGCCUUCUAGUGGUAGUACUGUCGGUCCAAUAUACCUAAGUUAUUGAUUUCCCCCCCUUUAAUAAGUGUUUAAGUGUUAUUUAAAGAGUGAGUGAAGUGUGAUUACAUAAGCAAUGGAGACCGCAGAAGUUGAGAAGAGCAAUGGCUCUGAGGAGACUCCCCAUCUCAAUAGAAAUAGGAGCUUUAAAUCAAAACAAUUGGUGCGGAGCCAGGCAAUACGCGAGACUCAUUCACCGCCGCGCGCUCUCUCGCCAGCGCAGCCGCCUGCCCCCACACCCACCAUCAACAACGGGAUCACCACCAACAACAACACCGUCAAAACCGCGCCUAACGUUGACAAAUCCGCGCCUAACUUGUCGAACUCCGCGCACAACGUGGCCAACUCCGCGCCUAACAACGUGAAAUCCGCGCACAAUGUUGCGAACUCCGCGCCUAACUUAGCGAACUCCGUGCAUAAAGUAGCGAACUCCGCGCCUACCGUGGCUAACUCCGUACCUAAAGUCAUUAAAACGAAUACCGUUACCGUAUCCGACUCUAACGAGGUCAAUGAUGAUAGAACUGUGAGCGUCAGUGAUGACUCUAGUCAUGUUAGUGUUAGGUCUAGUGAUGUUAACAGUAGUGCUGUGAAAGUUACAGAUAAUAAUAAUGAUGAAUAUAAAAGGAAACAGCCGGUCGAGAUUCAGAUAACGUCUGGCGGGUGGGACGACUCCAGUCACGACCGCUCGCGCGCCCGCCGCUGGCACUCGGACGCGCACCGCGACCUGCUCUCCAACAACCCUCGAGUCUGCUGUGUCUGCGGCUCCUGCUCCGCCUGUGUACACUGCAGAGGGUCCUCCAGGGGUCGCCGCCGUCGCCACUACUGCGCGCACAAGCAGGACUCCGGUAUCGUGUGCCCCGACGACUGCCCGGACUACUCCGACAAUGAAACAGGCGGUCACAACAACAACAAUAUAAGAAAAUCGAGCAGUCUCGAUGUGGACGAUUCCGUUUACUGUAGAUGUCCGGAUCGCAAAGAGAGAUCAAAGAACGUACCGUUAAGUAGAUACGACUCAGACGAACGCAACGAGCCGACAGGUCCCGAGCUGGUGGCAUUUAUCAAGGACACGCUGAAUAAAAACGUGCGCGAUCGCAUGGCGCUGCUGAAGAUCGAGCGAGAACUGCACGCGCUCGUCAACGAUACCGGCCGUUGCAUCGUCCGCUUCCCGGUAAUGACGUCAUACGGGCGCAUGCUGGUCCACCGUUGCGCGGCGCUGUUCCAGCUGUCGCACCACCUCGACCACUCCAACAAGACCUGCGUGCUCGUCUCCAAGAGCGGCACGUGUGGAGGCCGUAUCCCCUGCACCAGCUUCAAGGAGUGGUGCACGGCCAGCUUCCCGCCCUCCCCGCAGCGGCCGCAGCCGGACCCGCCGCACGCCAAGUCGAUCCUGAAGCGCGCGUCGCUCCCGCUGGACGCGGCGGGCGGCGGCGCGGGCGCGGCCGCGCGCAGCCGCUCGCUGGAGCAGCGCGAGAGGGACUACGAGAGGGUGCGACGGAGGAUCUUCUCCUCGCAAGAAGAGGCGCAGUGGCCCUGGCUGGCAUCCGGACCUAUAAAACUGCUGACCCCAGAAGGAGGCAGGAACAGACUGCUCAAGGUGCAGUCCCUAGAGGGCGCCCCUCCGGGGUCCCGCGGGGGCUGGCGCGGGGGCCGCGGUCCCGUGUCCAAGAGCCACAGCUUCGGGGGCUACGCAGCCGCUGAGCCGCAACACGCGCCCAGACUGCUGAGUCGACAAGGUGACCUGGCCUCCAGCAGCUGGCGCCUGUCGCCCUCCAGUUCGGGCUACAAGACCCUCAGCCUCAGGAGCACAGACUCCAUCACACCCUCGCCGACAGGCGGCGCGAGCCCCGAGCCGGGCGAGGCCGUGGUGUGGGCCGUCACGGACAUGGCGGCCGUCCCGCCCGGCGCGCUCGUCAUACACCCGCAGACGGGCCGGCCGCUGACCAACCCGGACGGCUCGGUGUACACGUUCGACCCCGCCAACCCGCCCGUACUCUACGACACCAGCGUCCUUACUGACCAGCAGAAAUUGGAUCCGAAUAACGAGAAACGUCGCGGUAGACUCGAGAAACAGCACUCGUUCAUUGACAACGAGUGCGGGUGCGGGUCGCGCGAGGAGUGUCGCGGCGCGUGCUGCUGCGAGUGUCGGCGGCGGGACCACGACCAGGCGGAAGCCACAACAGUCCAAGCGAGUCCCACUCACGUUGAGCCCAACAAACAACAACCACAAGAAACUCCCAUACAAUACGAAAUCAAGCAAGAGCCAGAAGAAACAGUCGCAGACACAUACCCAACCAAUGAGGAACCUCCAUACGAGGAACCGGCCAAUCAGAAGCCAGAAUACGAGCAAACAGCCAAUCAGCGCCAAGAAUACGAAAUACCAGCCAACAUACCGACCAAUAACAACACAGCUAGACCUUACGAACAGCCCAGCUAUGAACAAGCUGAACAAGUCACUUACCAACAAUAUGAAAGCUACGAUCCGACCAAUCACAAGCCGUCUGAAGCCGUACGUUAUGAACCGGCCAAUCAGAUCGCUUUAAAUAAUAAUAUGCACAACAGAGCUGUCAAAAUGACCAAUCAGGAUGGAGUUGAAGUUCACUAUCAACAGUACGUGCAGCAGGGGUAUAGGACUGAUGAUAUGACGUCCCCCCCUCAGCUGGUGAACCAGUUCGUGAGCCAGGAGUUGAACAUGCAGCUGCUGAGCCAGGCCAAGCUCACGCCGCUGCCGCUGCCCGACCCCAACAUGC